AUGGAGUGCACAGACAAGACUCCAUUUAGUCACGUGAGCCUCGGCGUCGGUGAUUUCUCAAGCAACCAGAUGAGACGCGCGCAACUCAAUGCCAACAUCGUCAGCAUCAACUUCAUCUCUCCUAAUAAGAUAAACCCCCUCCCCCGGCCAUAUCGGACAACAAAGAGAUACCACAGUUCUCCAACCCCAUCCACUGGUGGCUCUAUUGACGAACGGUCCACAGCUGAUCCGGUCAACUCUCGACUGGAUGGCACAUUGGGCCUAGAACUUCAUCUGCAUUCUGAGUUUAUUGGCCCCGCCAGCUACCAUGAACCUGAACUUCUUGAUCUGCGGCCAUCCGCCAUUUCGCUUGCUGACCACGAGAGAUGUUAUCCUCGGCGUGUGAAUCAAUCUGCCGCAUUCAUCACUUACCCGGACAAGGAUUCGGCGUCCGAGAUGCAACGAAUUGCUGACCUAGAUCGCAUCGAAGAGUCAAUUCGCCCGCUCGGACCGACUUUGGUAAAUUUAUAUUUCCGCAUUAUGCACCGCACAUUCCCGAUCUUGGACAAGGGUGUAUUUCUCGAGAAAUAUGCCAGGUCAUAUCGCGAGUUCUCCCCACCACUCCUCGCUGCAGUCUACUUGGUUGCGCUAGACUGGAAGCUCUUUGAUCGAACUCUUGCCACUGCACCUCGGACGCCAGAUGCCGAAGCCCUGGAGAACCUGGCGAUGCGAGCCAUGGACGAUGAUCUGAAGCGACCCAAACUCUCCACAUUACAAGCUGGACUUUUGUUAUUACAACGAAUGAGGUCCUCUCAAAGCACUCUUCCGGCCCAACUACUAUCCCUGGGGCAGACUUUGGGUAUUCAUAUCGACUGUACUGAAUGGAAAAUACCAGAAUGGGAGAAGGGUCUGAGACGACGUUUAGCUUGGGCGCUAUACAUGCAAGACAAGUGGGGCGUUCUUGUGCACGGGCGACCAUCUCUCAUUCCCGUUCAGAUUGAAGCGGGCGACGGUACAAGUGACUGGGAUGUUAGCCCGUGUACACUCGUCGACUUUCCAGAAGAUGCGACCAGCGAAGAGGGAACUGGAGAUGGAGGUGUGGACGGCGCCGCGGGACGGGCAGCAUUCUUGCAGUCUAUUGAAUUAACGAGAAUCUUCAGUCGGAUCAUUUCAACUUUUUGCUCGAUCGGUGCAACGAAAAAGGGCGGACUGCUUGAACGGAUUGGACCCUCGGGGGCCAUGGGUCUGGCGAAACCCCUGGCGUUGGAGUUGCGCGAAUGGCAUGCUACAUUGCCCGCCAGCCUGCAGCUGGAAUCCACACCCUCACUACGACUUUCGACGAACGGAGCCUUGCAUUUGUCGCAUAUGGCAGCAGAGCUGACCAUCCAUCGCGCAUUACUUCGUGUUCUGACCCCGGAUACUGCGUCCACUCUUCGCUCAGCUAUUCGAACGGCCGCUCGCGCCCGACUGACGUCGGCGAUGAACUUGAUUGAAUCUUUCCAACCCGAACAUAUUCAAUCAUUUUGGGGCUUUGCUGCUGCUGCGCAAGUGGCUUUGGUCGGAGCGUUUGCCGGUCUAUUAUGGGCGACCAGUGUUGAAAUGGAUGAAGCGGCAGGAUAUGUUGAACAACUCGAGAAACUUCGCUGGAUUCUGCAAAUUCGCGCCUCUGCUGCUCCGUUCGCUCGUGAGGCGCUUCGUAUGCUUCAUGAAGAGGUCGGUGACCUGGCUGCUGUAAAAGCAGCUACCUUCCGAGACUCUUAG